AAUUCAAGUCUAAUGGGUGCAAUCAAGUCAGCAGAGCCUUGCAACUCUCUUCUCACUCUUGCAGCUAUCAAUAGCUAGCGUUCUAGUGCAGAGCUAACUACUAAUUAGAGUAGCAACACUCGGUGAACAAGUUUUGCUACGGACUCUUCUGAAAAGGCUGCAAUGGCAUUCCAAGUAAGCAAAACUAGGCAUAACUCGAGAACGAAGCUUUAUUUUGCAAAUCCACAAAUACCAAGCCAAGAAAGCAUGACUAGAAGCCUAUAGAAACUCUUACUUGCACUUCAUUGAUCCUUGAGCAGCUGAAACAGUCUACACACACAGACACACAGACACACUACCGUAUACCUCGCUUGCGCAUGCGCACCGAGGCAUAAUAAUUCGUUGUUGUUUAUUGCAAUAAACAACAACGAAUUAUCACACAAGUAUUUAGCUUAGCUAACUUAGCUACCCCGGUAUUUACUAGUAAUACCGGGGUAGCUAAGCUAGCUGCAUCAUUGGCUGCAUGUAUGUGCACUGGUUAUAUUUCUUGGAUUUCAAUUUGAGAGAAGAUGUCUGACUAUCUCACAAUAGCAGAUCUAGGAGAUUUAUACAUAGCUACGUUUGAUGCUCGAAUCAGGUGGCGAAACUUCUUGUUGGUUCUUAAAAUAUCCUCAGAUACUAUCGACAGCAUUGGUACAAAAUGGAGAGACAAUCCUGAUGACUGCUAUCGUGAGGGUUUAAAAGAAUGGCUGAAAGGUGGGGAGAGAAGCUGGGAAGAUGUUAUCAAAGCUUUGUCUAGUCCUAUUGUGGGCCACGUUCACAUAGCUAGGACCAUCGAGAAAGAUCAUCUACAGUCUACUGAUGCAAGCAAUCCUACUGAUGUGAAGUCAGAGGUUGACCAAAAUCGCCAGAAUAUCAAUGAAGCUUUGACCAUUUUCCUAGACGAGCCACUCGGUAGUGGUGCAUUUGGAGCAGUCUUCAAAGGCAGUUACAGAGGCGAUCCUUGUGCUAUCAAAUUACUACAUCAGGUCGCUAUGGAGAUGCAAACAAAUCUUCCCGCCACCAAAAUUGAAGAAGCUAACAAUGCAAUUGAUCGUGAGCGUGAUUUUCUCAAGUCUUUCCAGCACCCAAAUGUUGUUAAGUUUUUGUCGACCGCUAAGCACCCUAAAUCAAGAGGUACGAUCCUCGUUGUUGAGCUAAUGGAUUGUUGUCUGAGAUCCUAUUUCUCCGGCCUUGAUGAAGAGUCCCUCACUAGCGAAUGUGAAAUUAGCCUCUCCAAAGAUAUAGCUUGUGGUCUGGCUUACAUUCACAGCAAGCAGAUUAUCCACCGUGACCUCUGUGGCGAUAAUGUCUUGCUGAAGCAUACACGACCAGUGCCUGUCGCAAAGAUUUCCGACUUUGGUAUGUCACGGCUAUACGAUUCCUCCAAGCUUAGCUCCACUCUCACAGCCAUCGGUCACCGUAGGGGGUAUCUACCUCCCGAGGCCUUUCGAUUGGAAGAGGAGAAUUACGAUAGUAGCCUGGAUGUGUAUUCCUUUGGGGUGAUUUUGGCACAGAUUGUUUGCAAGUUGGAGACAAUCAAAUCUGCCAAGGACCGAUCAUUCCGUGUUGCCCAGAUCCCUCGCACACACAAGUUGAGGAAGCUUAUCGACAGUUGUUUGCAAGAAGACAUGAGGAGGAGACCAUCUGCCAGGGACAUCUAUGCUUCACUGACAGGAGACUUGUACAUAGUGGAGGCAACAAAGAGUGAAUCAAAGGACACUCAACCAGUCAAGAAGGGUCCCCCUCCCAGAGAGUUGAUACCUCCACUCACUCUGAAAUGGAGAAGAGGAAAGGACAUGCCAAUCAAGAUGGGCACCUCAGUACAGAGUGUUGUUAUCGGUGACACAGUGUAUGUUGGUGGAGGGCAUGCAGUCGAUGAUCGUGACAUGUGUACAGUUAUGAAGCUCGAGCAAGAUCAAUGGACCAAACUACCAAAGUACAUUGCCAUGUGGUUUGCUAUGACAUUACUCGCUAAUCGACUAGUGCUGGUGGGAGGACGUGAUCCAAGAAACCACAAACCAACAAAUCAGCUUGCAGUAUUUGAGUCAGGGAAAUGGACUCACCCGUACCCACCAAUGAAGAUUGCUCGUGAUUCCUCAACAGCUGUCUCCUUCAACAACCACAUCAUUGUAGCUGGUGGGUAUGAUGAUAAAAACAAGCGUAUCUCCUCUGUGGAGGUGUUGGACAUAUCAAGAAGAUGGUACAUUGCUCAGUCACUACCUAACACACGAACAGUACUGAAAUCAACUGUCAUUGGAAAUACCCUUUAUCUAGUGGGAGGGGUGGAUCACACUAGGAUAACCAAGACAGUGCACAACGUCGACCUCAAUGAACUCAUUGCAAGGGCCCUUUCCAACCUGGACUCACGGUCACCCACUCUCUGGCAGACCUUACCGGAAGUACCACUCGUGAGGUCAGCUCCUCUCAGUAUUGGGAGGUCACUAUUAGCCGUUGGUGGAUGGGACGACAGACUCAACCCAAGUUCAUCGAUCCACCUCUACCAGCCUGACACCAGGAGGUGGGUGAAAGUGGGAGACCUGCCUACUGCACGAUAUGACUGCACAUGCUCAGUACUUCCUAGUGGAGAGGUGAUUGUAGCCGGAGGGCAGCUAAAAGCACAUUCUAAUUAUGUCCAAACUGUAGACUUAUCUCUAUAAGUGCUUAGUUGUUGAUAUGUUCACAAUGUGACAU